CGCGUUUCUUUAAAAUAGUCGAUUUAACACCUGAACAAUUUUUGACAAUCGAGACAGCGAACUCGAACCGAAUAAUCGAUAAUUUGACAGCAAGUUUUUAAGACGGUUUAGUCGGUUAAGCAGCGUAUACCACGGAGAAUGGAUUUCGAGAAUCAGGAUGUAGAAAAAGAAUUUCCAGGAUUGUAUGCAUCGGAAUCGGCUAAGAAAAGUAACGAAAGUGAUUUUAGUGAUGAAGGUGGACACGAAAAACAUUCUAAAAAAGAACUCCUUGGCGGUAAACGCAAGGAGAAGAAAGAACGAAAAGAUCGAGGAUAUGCCACCUUAGAAGGUGAAAGUUCCCCCGACGAAGAUCAAGAAACAAAAAGCCCUUCAAAGUCAAAGAAGACUAAAGCCUUUAAAUUUCCAUCGAAGAAGGAAAAGCGAGAAAAGUCCAGAGAGAAAGAGACUAAAGAGAAGGAUGCUGAGAAAGAAAAGGAUAAGAAGAAAAAAGACAAGGAUGAAAAAGAUAUAGAUAAGGAGAAGCGCAAAGAAAAGGAGAAGGAUAAAGCUAAACAAAAAUUGAAGGAUCGUAAAAAAGGAAAGCACGUCGGAGAAGAUUGUUUAGACAUUGGUGAGGAACAACCGGUGUUUGGUGUUAGCUUGCAUUUAGCAGUAGAACAAAGUCGUUGUCACGAUGGUAUCGAACUGCCCUUAGUUGUAAGAGAUUGCAUUGAUUUUGUGGAAGAACACGGAAUGAAUAUAGAGGGUUUGUAUAAAGUUCCUGGAGUAAAAUCAAAAGUUCAAUGCCUGAAAAAGUUGUACAACAACAGGGAACCCGUGAAUAUAUCUGAAUUUGAACCUACGGUAGCUACGAGUUUAUUAAUAUUAUUUUUGAGAGAGCUACCCGAACCUGUAUUGGAAAACAGCGAGACGAUAUCUCGAUUUGAACAAGCAGCAUCCACGAAAGAUGUUGCACAGAGGGAAGCACAAUUAAUACAAUUAACUCAACAACUGCCAGAAUGUAAUAGAGUUCUUCUCGCGUGGGUUAUAUUACAUUUAGAUCAUGUCACAGCACGAGAAAAAACAACAAAAAUGAAUGCCCAAACCGUCUCAAUGACAUUAAGCCCUGUACUACAAAUGAGUCAUAGAUUGUUGUUAGCUUUGUUAUUCCAUUGCAAAGCACUUUUUCCAAAUGUACAAUUAACAAAAUAUGUUCCGCCACUUUCAUCUGGCAGUGUUAAUCUUCCAGACACUGUAGAAAGUAUAACCGCCGAACUAUCUAAACAAGAAUCAUUACUCUCGCAGAUACAUAUGCAAAUGAAUGCAGGUUUCAUUACUAAAACGCGCGAGGAACAACUGUGGGAAGUACAACGUAUGAUAACGCAACUAAAGAGAAAGUAUAAAACUGUACAAAAGCUGGAAGGUGCUACGCAAAAAAGUUUAGACGAAGACGUCAAAUCGACGGAUGAAAAUGUGGUGGAAUCGAAUGUACAGAAAAUAAAAGCCGAGGAAGAAGAUUCGGGACACGUGAAACCUGAGACUCAAUCUACGUAUACCUCGACGUUAAAAAAAAGUAAUAAAAUACAUACUUCGGAGGACAGAGAACCGACAAGUACAAAUACUACUCAAAACGAAAAAGCUAUGCAAACGCAUGAUAAGGAUAUUGUCGAUUUCGUCGAGGCAUCCGCGCUUAUACCGCAAUCCAGUGAACAAGAAAAUACAACAUCUAGAACAAAUGAAAGUGUUUCAGCCGUAGAAUCGGAGCCUGAAGAUGUUAUAGACAAACUGAGAGAAAGUUUGAUCUACGAAGAAUUACUAAACAUGCAGGCGUUACUAAAAUCGCGAAUAAAUCAAGAAAGGAAUGAAAUCAAACGGUUAAUGGAAAUGUUGUCGGAACGCGGCCCGGAGAAAAAGAAACCCCUGGAAAGAGUACAUUCGCCGAAUGAAGCUGAAAUGACAGCCAUGAUUCAGUUAGUCAAAGAAAAUCAGUUACUCGAGAACAAAAAGACCACUUUAAUACGUAGUAUCAUAGAAGAAAAAGAUACUUGUAUCGAGCUCCGUGUUCAGUUAGCAGUUCAACAAUUAACAGCUACGACUUGACUAUUAAUCAACAAAUAGAAUUUUAAAUUUACCAAAAGGAUAACAUACAGUCCCGAAAAUAUGUAACAUGAUGUUUUUGCACAGAAUGAACAUGUAUAGUUUAUAAGAUGUUACUACAACCAUACGUUUUUUGAUUCAUUCUAUUCUCUUGUAAAAUAAUAAUAAAGAAACAAAACAUGUAUAUAUAUUAUAUAUAAUUUGUUUGUGCUUGUAUUACCAUGUCCCAAAUUUUUCCAACGUCUAUUUCGAGAAAAAUAUACUACAUAUUGGAGCAAGACGAGUCUCCUGAUUUUUAUACGGUUUUUUUUUAAUACGUACAAGCUUAUGAUCAUUCCAUGCACACGCAUUUGUAUUUAAAUUGUUAAUUACACUAAUAGUAUAAACAAAUGCAUGUAACUUUAUAUAUAAACUAUAUUUUUUAUAUAUAUAUGAAACAAAAAUACUAUUCUAUACAACAUCAAAGCAAUAAAAGUGCUAAUAGAAUAUUGAUUUAGGAGUUU